AUGACUGAAAUACGACCUAGGAGGGUGGCUGCCGAACCUCUCAAGGAAAACUACAUACCUAGCCUUCAACAGGCAACUCCGCAGGUUCUGUGGAUUGGAUGCUCUGAUAGCAAUGCCAAAGAAUCCACUGUGCUUAAUAUUCUCAACGACGAGUUGUUCGUGCUCAGAAAUCUCGGCAAUAUGAUCAUUGAUGGCGACCUGUCCUGCGAGACUACUAUAAAGCAUGCCGUCGUUGACCUUCAGGUAAAACACAUCGUCGUCUGCGGCCAUUACGGAUGUCACAUUGUGACAGCAGCCUCGAGAGAUGGGUUGAAAGGACCAUGGUUGAGCAAGCUCAACGAUCUCUACUCGAUGCACGAAGAAGAUAUAAAUCAACUCCCAGUGUGGGAGCAGGAUUUCUCUUUUGUUGAGUUGAAUAUUCUUGAUCAGAUGCGUUCGCUGCGCAAAUUUCCCGAAGUCACCGACGCAAUUACGCUAGGGCGCUUACAUAUCCAUGGGAUAGUGUACGAUUCGGAGACCGAGAAGGCCUAUCAAUUAUUGGAAGGGGAGCAGAACGUUUAG